UGCAGUGAGCCGAGAUUGCGCCCCUGCACUUGAGCCUGGGUGAUGAGAGCGAAACUCCAUCUCAAAAAAGAGAAAGAAAGAAAGAAAAUGUUCUAGAAGCCUUCAUUCUUGGAAGGCUACAGAGUGGAUCCUGAAGCAUCUCCAUGCUUCCCACUACUCCCGGGAUAGGAUCUGAGGUCUCAGCAUGUCCAUGAGACUCCGGUUUCCCCCGGGAUGUGGUUCCCCCCUCAGCCUCCUGUGACUGCCACCCCUUCCACGUGCCGCCCCUGCAGCCCUCUCCACUUUCAGAUCCUUGUGGGUAGCUGAGCUCUCCCUCACUUCUGGCAUUUUCCAGUGAGCUCCGCUUUUGCUUUUGCUGUUACUGUGCAGGUGAAUGACUGGCAGGAGGACUGGGUUGUGUUCUAUGCCCGGCAGCGCAUUCAGCCCCAGAUGGACAUGGUGGAGAAGGAGUCUGGGGACAGGGAGGCCCUCCAGCUUUGGUCUGCUCUGCAGUUAAAGAUCCCUGACCUGUUCCGUGACCUGCAGAUCAUCCCAGCCUUACUCCACGGGGAUCUCUGGGGCGGAAACGUAGCAGAGGAUUCCUCUGGGCCGGUCAUUUUUGACCCAGCUUCUUUCUACGGCCACUCAGAAUAUGAGCUGGCAAUAGCUGGCAUGUUUGGGGGCUUUAGCAGCUCCUUUUACUCCGCCUACCACGGCAAAAUCCCCAAGGCCCCCGGAUUCGAGAAGCGCCUUCAGUUGUAUCAGCUCUUUCACUACCUGAACCACUGGAAUCAUUUUGGAUCGGGGUACAGAGGAUCCUCCCUGAACAUCAUGAGGAAUCUGGUCAAGUGAGUGGGCCUUGCUCUGGAAGGAGGCCUCAGAGGUUUCUCCACAGUCCUCUUCAGGGCACAUUCUUGUUUCUUCACAUGGCUGGAGUAGCUUUAGACCAACGCAGUAGCUUAUUUCCAGGCCUUGCAAAGUAUGUAAUAUCUGAAAGGUUUCGUCAUCCCAGCGUUGACCACUUGGUGGGGGUUUGUAGGUGGAGGGAGCCACGCUGGAGGCAGGCUGUGAACAGAGGGAUGUGUGGACUGUGGGUGACUCUGAGCCCCACUGCCGCUGCAAGGUGGAGAAACUAAGUGAUCUCCUGUGGGGCGGGAGAGGGUAUCUGGUGUGCAGGGAGGUGGCCAGUGCUCCUGGGCACUGCUGCUCGUAGAGGGCACCUUUCCACCGCUCUUCCCUGCUCUCCUGUACAGGAGUCUCCGAGCUGUUCACGUGGAUGCUGCUUGGUUGGCAAGACUUGGGCGUAGACGUGAAACCAUCUUACUAAAAGCAUCUUAAAAUGACCAAUUCCAAAAUCAAGCAUAUUCCGGCUUCUUCCUGCAUGGUCCCUGGGCUCUGCCACAGGCUGAGCAAGUCUGGAAACUGAUUCUGGGAGAGACCAAGCCGCUGGCCGUAGGGUGUCCUCGGGUAAAUCCAGGAGUCUUCAUUGCUUCUGUUAUGACCCUGUCUCUGCCGUUUUCUAAAGCUUGCUGAGUUGUCAUUUCUUUGCAACAUUAAAAUACGUGCUGAACUAAUAUUUUUCCUUCCUUCAGUAUUGUAGUAAUGAUAAAUAUUUCAUGAAUGGCAUUGAUGCUAAUAAAUCCUUUGCACAAAAAUUUGAAUAAACUUUCAGUGGUUUCAAUAAUGUA